AACUGCCCGUGUCUGCGGGCGGACGAUGUGGCAGAGAGUCGAGUGGUUCUUCCGAUCGUGUCGUGCAGAUCAAUUAAAUACAGCAAACAGUCAGGAAGGGGAAGGGAACGUUCUGCUUUCAGAUAAGUCUAGGGUGGAGUGCGCAUACAGCUCGUGGUCGAGCAGGAAUUCGACGGCGUCAGUUGAGCAGCAGACGAGGACAGCAAGGAAAGCCGGCUCGCGUUCGACACUUCGGUCGUGCAAGUCGACCUAGGACAUCGGUCAGCUCCACAGUGCAGCUAUGGAGACCAACGGCCACCAGAAUGGAUCCGAAAUGGAGAGUCGGACUCAUUUGCUCAUGGUCCCUAUGGUGCAACAGGCCCACAUUUCCACGGCCAUCAGAUUUGCCAAGAAGCUUUCCAAGCGAGGAGUGAUCAUCACAUUCGUGACCCUUAAGAAGCACGCUGAGCAGAUGAGGAAAAGUUACUCACCCGCAGUGCUCCUGAAACUUAACAUCACCAUCGAAGCUCUCGAUGAUUAUCAAUGCAUGCCGACUCCCCUGCAUUUGGCGGCUGGUAUGAAACCAGUUUUCCAGCCUCUGGUGCAAAAGCUGAAGGCCAACAAGAAGGCCGGGUUACCUGGACCAACGUGCAUUCUUGCGGACAGAUUCUUAACGUGGAUGAAGGAGGUGGCCGAUGAACUCGACCUGCCGAGAUAUGCUUACGCCAGUAAUGCGGCAAUCACAACCAGGCUCAUGCAAGUACACCAUGAAAUCAAAGAUAAAUUGAUAGCAGUACCUGAUGGUCCCAAGUGGAUCCUAUCGAUUUUCGAGGAGAUAAACAAAAUGCCAGGUUUAGAGUUUUUGCGAGUGUAUCAGGACAUCCCGCCUGUUAGCAAGGAAAACGGCUGGUUCCAAUUCUUCCUUUCCAUCGGCGAGGGAUUUGCCACUGCAGAUGGUAUUGUAUUCAAUUCCUUCUCUGAGCUGGAGGGUACAACUAUACAGCAUAUUCAUAACGCAUUUCCAGGGAGGCCUGAUCUGAAGGUUGCGCCUAUUUACCCAAUCGGGCCUCUGUCGACGCUGGAAGACUUCCAGAACGAACUGUUCACCGGCGAUGCGAUGGAAGAUUCACACGAGGAAUGUCUCGACUGGCUUGCACUUCAACCCACGAAGUCGGUCCUCUAUGUUUGUCUCGGUAGUCAAGUUCGCCUUUUCGGUGAACAGAUAUCUCACCUGGCCCGAGCUCUGGAGUCAAGCCAACAAAAAUUCCUGUGGGUUCUGUCUAAGGGUCGUAACAACUUCCAGACUGCAGAUGAGGUUCUGCCCCCAGGAUUCAGCGAACGAACUCGUGGACGUGGAAAAGUCGUCACUGGUUGGGUGGGACAACUGGAGCUCCUCGCCCAUCGUUCUAUGCGGGGAUUCAUGUCGCAUUGCGGUUGGCAAUCCGUCAUGGAAAGUUUGACAUACGGCGUUCCGAUACUCGGCUGGCCACAUUUCGCCGAACAACAUUUGAAUUGCAGAUACGUGCAAGAAAUUCUUCACGCCGGGUUGAGAGUUGCCGAGAAUGAUGGCCUCGAAAUGGUACAACAACACGAAUUCGAGAGCUCAAUAAAAAUAUUCAUGGACGAGGCGGAAGGACACGCUGCAGCAAAGGGAGCCGCCGAGAUCAAACUCAAGGCAGCGGCAGCCGUGGCCAGCGGUGGAUCCUCCGAUCUGGCCCUCGACGAAUUGGCCAGGUCCUUCAGAACGGUGACGAGACGGACUUGAGAAAUAAACGUGCUUCCCAGAAGCCACGCGGCCAUGCACAGGACGAUGACUUGUACUCUAUAGAAAUAGGCUGCAAGAGUCCUGGCAACUCGGCCGACGUGGACGUCUUACACCAGGUCUCCACUAGUCCGAACAGAGUCACUUCAUCGAGGUCGCCACGGUUAGGUCACUCCUGUGACGUCAGCGUCUCGGGUCAAGCCAGCGAGGACUGUACUCGAGCAAGACGAUGCUCCGCGCAUAUCCCAUCGACGUCGUCAAGCUGGUCCGCCGCCGUCGUCGCGACGACUGUAUCUGUUGGAACCCGCAUGUACACUAAGCACCCUCCGGCCACGUGGUUCCUAUGAUUGUGACUGCAAUAUAGAAUGUCCGCAAUUGAUCCUCAGAGCGGGUUUUUAAACCUAUUUUCUGUGUAAAUCACCGGAAUAGUAGAAGUGUCUUAUUCUUUGUUCAUCGAUGUUGGGCAAAAUGUUGUAUAGACGGGCCUGAACAUUUCCUUUUCUGGAGUAAAUUGUCUCCUAUCUUACAACCCAAGAAUGUUGGAAUCUCAAAAUAUUUUCCUUCUCGCAAUAACC